AUGGCCUCAAUUUCUCGGUCCCUACGCGCUGCAGCCCCUCUGGCUAGGGGUAUUGUGCCCCGCGCAGCCAUCCGCACACCAGUCCGAGCAUUUUCCUCCACCAAACUGAGCCUUGCUCGAAAAUACACCAAAGACCACGAAUGGAUUGAUCUGUCCGCCGACAAGAAGCACGGUUUCGUUGGAAUUUCAGAGUACGCCGCCGAGCAGCUCGGGGAUGUAGUCUACGUCGAACUCCCCGAGGCCGGGACAUGGGUCGAGCAAGGCGACGCUGUCGGAGCCGUCGAAUCCGUCAAGUCUGCCAGCGACAUCAACGCUCCCGUCCGUCUACGAGUCCUACAAGUCAACGACAACCUCGAGGAGAAGCCCUCAACCAUCAACAAGGUCCCCGAGGACGACAGCGCCGGUGGUGGCUGGAUCGCAAAGGUCGAGGUGGAUGAGGAGGGUGCGAAGCAAUUUGAGAAACUAUUGGAUGCCGAGGCCUACAAGACUUUUGCUGGAGCUGAAUAG